GAACAACCUCAGAGGGUUAGCGCGAGGCACAGGUGUGCGUGCUCUGCGUUUGCAGAAUAACAGGUCCAUUUUUAUUCUUAAAUGUUAAUUAUUAAUAUGAAAACCUCAAGUGAAAGAGGCUAUAAGAGGAAGAGGAAGAGGAGGAGGAGCGCUGCUGGUUGACUCGGUCACUAUCCUCCACUGGUCAGUCAGUCUCAGGCAGCUUCAGCCUCGCUUCUGGACUGGAGAUGGGUCAGCAGGGGCAGAGAUGGUCAGUGUGGAUCUUAUUAUUGGGAUUAUCUGUGUGUGUCAGCGGGAUAACACGACAGGAUCUUCUUCCGUUCGGGAGACACGCAGGAGACCGGUCUCUGGAGGAAGGCAACGACGAGACUCAGGAGAUCAGGCUGGAGACACCCCUCACUUUCUACGACCGACAGUUCCACCAGAUUUACAUCAACACCAAUGGGUUUGUUGCCCUGGAGAAGCCCACAGGAGAAUGGGAGUAUCUGGGCAACAUGCCGGCCAGUUUUGGGAUGAUCGCUGCUCUUCUGGGCGACCUGGACACCAGCGACGGAGAAGGAAAGGUGUUCUUCCGCCAGGACUCCAGUCCGGCUCUUCUACAGCGGGCGGCCGAUCACAUCAACAGAGCUUUUCCUGAGGAGGACACGGUGAACCCCGUCAGCGCUGUGGUGGUCACAUGGGUGGAUGUGGCGUCUCAUCAGACUGAGAGCAGAGGAGACGGACUAGAGCACACGGGAAGACGAAAUACGUUUCAGCUGGUCCUGGCUUCUCUGGAGACGAGGUCCUUUGCGAUUCUUCUUUACCCGAGAGAAGCGAUGCAGUUCCAGAGCACCAGCAGCUACACGAUGCACGCCGGCUUCAGUAAAGGACAGGAGACACACUUUUACUUUUCUAAGAAGCAAGGACCAUACUAUCGCAUCACAGACGACACCGAGACGUCUGUCAAGAAAUUAGCCGAGCAGACUAACUCUGGGAAGCGUGGCGUGUGGGUGUAUGAAAUUGGGAGGUUCCCUCACUUCACAGACGUCGCUCCUGGAGAAGUGCCGGAUUUACCUUUGCACAGGAGCACAGGAAGCCACCGCCAUCAACGCCCGCUGUAUCCUGACCUCGUUCACCGUCGUCCAGAACACCCUCCACCCAUCCAGCUGCACACGGUUCGGUUCAGGCCUGAUCGACUCGCGGUCGUGCAAAUCGAAAAUGAAGACAACAUCGAGGAUUACGUAUUUACAUACAACUCUGGUGAAUGUGGCAGACAGAGAUGCUCCAGAUUUGGUGAAUGCAGGAAUUAUCCGAGGGGACGAUGCUGCCAGUGUCGGCCUGGAUUCAACGGCAAUGGAGUUCAGUGUGUACCUGAUGGUGUUCCUCAGAGGAUGAAUGGUAAAGUGAGAGGCAGGGUGUUUGUGGGAAACUCUCCGGUGGACUUCACCAGCGUCGAUCUCCACUCGUAUGUGGUGGUGAAUGAAGGCAGAGCGUAUGUGGCCAUGAGCGCCAUUCCAGCAAACGUGGGCUUCUCUCUGCUGCCGCUGUGGUCCAUCGGAGGAAUCAUCGGCUGGACGUUUGCACUUCCGCAGCCGGGCUUCAAGAACGGCUUCAGCAUCGUCGGCGGAGAGUUCAGACGUGAGGCUGAGCUGAUCUUCCAGCCGGACGGGGAGCGCUUGAUCAUCUCUCAAGAGUUCAAAGGCAUUGAUGAGCACAACCACCUGAUGGUGGACACCAGACUUGAAGGAAUAAUUCCUGAGGUUCCUCAGGGAGCCACAGUUCAGAUCGACCCCUACACAGAGAUCUACCAGUACAGCACCAACUUAAUCACCUCUUCAUCCACACGGGAGUAUGUGAUCAGUCUAACGAACGGUUUGACCCGAAGACGAAGCUACACAUUCAGAGAGACCAUCACGUUUCAGGGCUGCCAGCACGAUGAAGCUUUCAGAGCCGUGCCAUCCACACAGAUGCUCAGCGUCAACCAAGUGUUCGUCAUGUAUGAUCGCGGUGAACAGCUCAUGCGUUACUCCAUGUUUAACAAGAUUGGAGACGGUGGACAAGUGGAAGAAAACGCCUGCUUCACUGGCAGACACGGCUGCGACACGAACGCCGUCUGCAGACCCGGACGAGGAAACCAGUUCACAUGUGAAUGUGUCGGCGGCUUUAAUGGAGACGGACGCACUUGCUAUGACAUCGAUGAGUGCAGGGAAACGCCUCAGAUCUGCGGCUCGAACGCUGUCUGCAGUAAUCACCCGGGAACGUAUCGCUGCGAGUGUCGGGACGGAUUCCAGUUCGCCAGCGACGGACAGACGUGUGUUGAGGUGCAGCGUCCCGUGGACCCGUGUCGCGUUGGCACUCAUGACUGUGACGUCCCUGAGCGCGCUCGCUGCACGUACACCGGAGGAUCGUCCUACAUCUGCACCUGUCUGCCGGGAUUCAUGGGAGAUGGACACAGCUGUCUGGACAUAGACGAGUGUCGGGUGAAUCAGUGUCAUCAAAAUGCGGUCUGCUUCAACGCACCUGGAUCUUUCACCUGUCAGUGUAACUCUGGUUUCCAUGGCGACGGUUUCCACUGCUCCAGAGAACGUGAGAAGACGCGCUGCCAGCUGCAUAGAGAGAGCGUUCUGGGCGUUCCCCGCGGGCCCCGUCCUGUGCCCGGUCCGUAUGUGCCGACGUGUGACGCCCAGGGCGAGUACGACCCCAUUCAGUGUCACGCCAGCAUUAGACAGUGCUGGUGCGUGGACCGUGAUGGCCAGGAGAUCUUUGGGACACGAACGGGAUCCGGACGCCUUCCUGACUGUCAUAAUGUGCCCGGUCCGAUUAGACCAACACCUGAUCCUAACGUUAGUCCUUUGCCUCCUGGCAGUCACAUCCUGUUCGCACAGAGCGGGAAGAUUGAGUACAUUCCUCUGGAAGGUCACAACCUGAAGAAGAACAAAGCCAAGACUGCGCUGCACCUCCCGGAGAAAGUGGUGAUUGCAAUUGCUUUUGACUGUGUGGAGAAGAUGGUGUAUUGGACAGACAUCAGCACACCUGCCAUUAGCAAAGCUAGUCUACAAAGUGGAGAACCUGUCCACAUCAUUAAAUCAGAUCUCAGCAGUCCUGAAGGCAUCGCUAUUGACCAUCUGGGCAGAAACGUGUUCUGGACAGACUCCAUGAUGGACAGAAUUGAAGUUUCCUCAUUAGACGGAUCCCAUCGCCGUGUCUUGAUUAACAAAGACCUGGUUAACCCCAGAGCCAUCCUAACCGAUCCCACCAAUGGCUACAUCUACUGGGCCGACUGGAACAGGGACGCCCCCAAAAUUGAGAUGGCUUACAUGGACGGCACAAAUCGAAGAGUCCUGGCCAAGGUGGAUUUGGGCCUCCCCAACGGUUUGACUUACAAUCCUCAGACGUCUCUGCUGUGCUGGGCGGAUGCUGGUACACAUAAAGUGGAGUGCAUGAAUCCACAGCAGGGCCGUCGGAUGCAGCUCAUGGAGGGAAUUCAGUAUCCCUUCGGAAUGACUACUGAUGGAAGGAACCUCUACUACACGGACUGGACAAGGCGUGCUGUAGUUGUAGUCGAUCGACAUGCGAGGCGAGAGGUGGACGAGUUCCAGCCGCAGAAACGAACACGUCCGUACGGGAUCACCACAGCACACGCUCACUGCCCUCAUGGUCAGAACUACUGCUCGAAUGAUAAUGGCGGCUGCACUCACUUCUGUCUGGCGAGACCUGCUGGGCGCUCGUGCAGGUGUCCGAGCAACGCUGUGGGACUGGGCUGUGUGGAGCGCGAAGGCUGAAGCUGAAGAUCCAGGGAUGAACGAUAUGACAGUCCCAUCUGAAUGCUUCUGUCUGAAAGAUGCAAUAAAGCCAAACUCAGUAUUAAAUAUUUUUAAAUGCAUCCGUGCCUUAAAUAUGAUCACGGUGCAAUUAAAUGUUAAUGAGGUCAUUGUGAAUAUACAUUCAUAUCUUUUCAAACUAUUUUUUAGCAAAACUAACCCCGAUACUGAGAGCAUCCUUUUUUAAAGAUAAAGAAACCUGACAUAAAUCAAUGUUUACAUAUUCAUCUUCUCAAUAAAAUCAUAUUUUGUUUA